AACACCCGCCACUACUUGUCGAUUCAUUGGCCGAAUACGACCAUGAGCCAACGUAACAGAACCGCCAAAUUUCUGGACUCUUAUCAAAACUGAAGUUUCUGCAUGAAGCUGCGCCACACUUUUGGUGCAUCAGCUUUAUCUCCUUAAGGCAAAAAUCCACAUUCCAAAUUUCAGUGGCUCUGCUGCAUCGUUUCGUUCACAAUCUCAUUGCCAACAAAAACUGAGCCCCUGCUCCCAAUUCUGUGUCACUCGCUCACGAGUUCCACUACCUUCUGCAGCGCUUGCCUCGAACAAACAAGUUCUUUUUCUUCCCCUUGCAAACACUUGAAUCAAAAUUUUCUCUAUUUGGGAGUGUUUCGCUUCCCAUUUUCUGUUCCGGGCAGAUUGUGUUUAGUUGGAGUAAUAGCUACUAGAGGUUAAGUAAAUCAUCAUGUCACAAAAGGCACUAGACUACGAGUCGAUUAAUGAAAAUGUGAAAAAGGCUCAGUAUGCUGUGAGAGGAGAACUGUAUCUGCGAGCUUCUGAGCUUCAAAAAGAUGGGAAAAAGAUUAUUUUCACAAAUGUUGGGAAUCCUCAUGCUCUUGGACAGAAGCCAUUGACUUUUCCACGUCAGGUUGUUGCUCUUUGUCAAGCUCCCUUUCUGUUGGAAGAUCCUAAUGUAGGAUUAUUAUUUCCUGCUGAUGCUAUUGCAAGAGCCAAAAGUUAUCUCUCGCUGAUUCCGGGAGGGCUAGGUGCUUACAGCGAUUCUCGAGGACUUCCUGCAAUUAGGAAGGAAGUAGCAGACUUUAUAGGAAGGCGAGAUGGCUAUCCAAGCAAUCCAGAACUCAUAUACCUCACCGACGGUGCUAGUAAAGGUGUAAUGCAGAUAUUGAACACCAUUAUCCGUGGUGAAGGGGAUGGGAUUUUGGUCCCGGUUCCACAAUACCCUCUUUACUCGGCUACAAUAGCACUGUUUGGGGGCUCUCUUGUUCCAUACUACCUAGAAGAGACUGAAAAUUGGGGUCUUGACAUUAACGACCUUCGCCAAUCAGUUGCUCAGGCUCGCUCCAAAGGAAUUAAUGUAAGAGCAAUGGUGAUUAUAAAUCCUGGCAACCCCACUGGGCAAUGUCUUAGUGAAGCAAAUCUGAGAGAGAUUCUGAACUUCUGUUUCCAAGAAAAUUUGGUCUUACUUGGAGAUGAGGUGUAUCAGCAAAACGUAUACCAGGAUGAACGCCCCUUCAUUAGUUCGAGAAAGGUAUUACUAGAUAUGGGUCCACCUAUUAGCAAGGAACUGCAGCUUAUUUCUUUUCACACCGUGUCGAAAGGAUAUUGGGGAGAAUGUGGACAGCGGGGUGGAUACUUCGAGAUGACCAACAUUCCUCCAAAGACGGUCGAUGAAAUAUAUAAGGUUGCUUCUAUAUCACUCAGUCCAAACGUUCCUGCUCAGAUAUUUAUGGGGUUGAUGGUCAACCCACCCAAGCCUGGUGAUAUUUCUUAUGAUCAUUAUUCUAGGGAAAGCAAGGGGAUCCUUGAAUCACUGAGGAGAAGGGCAAGAAUAAUGACUGAUGGAUUCAAUAGCUGUAAAAAUGUAGUCUGCAAUUUCACAGAAGGUGCCAUGUAUUCAUUCCCACAAAUACGCCUCCCGCCGAGAGCGAUCGAGGCUGCCAAACAGUUGGGAAAAGUUCCUGAUGUUUUAUACUGCCUCAAGCUCUUAGAAGCCACUGGAAUCUCCACUGUUCCAGGCUCAGGUUUUGGGCAGAAAGAAGGGGUGUUCCAUUUGAGGACAACCAUCUUACCUGCUGAGGAAGACAUGCCUGAGAUCAUGGCAAGCUUCAAGAAGUUCAAUGAUGCAUUCAUGGAGGAAUACGAAGGGCGUUAAUCAAGGGCGUGAUCAGAUCGGCUUCGAAUUCACUAUGUACUCUCUAUGGAUAAUGUAAACUGUAAAGCUUCUGCAAGCAUACAUAAUAUCUAACCUUAUUAUGAGAACUCAAUUAUUCUAUGGGAUUGGAUGUCAUGUUUUACA